UAUAUAAGUGCAUGGUUCAACUUUUCUUGGAAAAUUGCAAUUGCCCUUUUCUUGUGCUUUCUCCAAUCUAAUAAUAAUAAUAAUAAAAAAAGCUUUAAGUUUGUGUUAUAUAAAAAAAAAGAUGAAUUAUUUGGGAAUUGGAGUUAGUCCUGGAAAUGUUCCAGUAUAUCAUGGAAAUAAUUUGAAAGUUAUUGAUAGGAGAGUGAGAGUUACUGAGCUUGUGUUAAGGUGUGUUAUUUUUGGUUUAGCGAUUCUGGGUGUUAUUCUUAUUGGGACUGACAAACAAGUAAAAGUUAUUUUCUCUAUUGAGAAAAUUGCUAAAUUUACUGAUAUGAAAGCUCUUGUGUUUUUAGUGAUAGCCAAUGGAUUAGCUGCUGCCUACUCAUUGGUGCAAGUUUUAAGAUGCAUUUUAAGCAUGAUUAGAGGAACUGUUCUCUUCAAUAAACCAUUGGCUUGGGCUAUUUUUUCUGGUGAUCAGUUGAUGGCCUACUUGACACUAACCGCGGUGGCUGCGGCCGCGCAAUCGGCGGUGUUUGCCAAGUUAGGGCAAACAGAAUUACAAUGGAUGAAGAUAUGCAAUAUGUAUGGGAAAUUUUGUAACCAAGUUGGAGAAGGAAUUGCAAGUUCUUUGAUAGUAAGCCUUAGCAUGAUAGUUCUCUCUGGAAUUUCAGCUUUUAGUCUCUUUCGUUUGUAUGGAAAUAGUAAAGGAAAGGGCAAUGCAAUAUAAUAAUAAUAAUGUAAUGUAAUGUAACUUUGGUUUUCUUUUUUAGAUCUUUUUAUCUAUGUUGUAAAAUAAACCAAAGACCAAAGUUGGUGAUAUUGUUAUAAUCAUUUCAUGUUUGCUUCAUCA